AUGUGGAGCAUCUUCGCGUGGUUGAGCGAGUCUGAGAGGUUGCCUUCACUUCCGUUGCCACAGCCGCCUUUGGCAUACUCCUCGGGUACCUCGUCUCCCCGGGUCAGCUCCAUUGGGUCCUCCGCAAGUUCAAACGGAGAUUCGCAGUCUUCCUUCACAUCUGCUGCGAGUUCAAACGGGCCCAAAACCCCAUCGCCCAAUCUUCCCGUCAGCAACGCCAUCUCUGGGCCGCCGUCCCAGACCAUUGGAGGAUACGAGCACUAUUCGACGAUGAACUCAGCUCCCGAUAUGUACUAUUCUCAGCACAUGUCAGCAGGUCCUACGCCUCAGACCCAGACUGUCACCUCAAACGUACCUCAGUAUCAUCAACAACCGCCGUUACUACACCCUGGUCCCGCACAGUACCCGGCGCCUUACCCCCCAUAUGGUUAUACCAACGGAUUGACAUCCCCUCAAUCUGCCCCGCCUGCCGUGUCGAACUCGAUGGGCGCACAGAAUGUUCUCCCUCUCCCUGGUGUGCCCAACCAGCCGGGAAUGCAGAAUCAGUUCUCCGGCAUGGACACCACUGGUCAAGUUGCGCCUCCGGGUAUGAAGCCUCGGGUGACAGCAACCUUGUGGGAGGAUGAAGGGAGCUUAUGUUUCCAGGUCGAGGCCCGAGGUAUUUGUGUAGCACGUCGAGAAGACAACCAUAUGAUUAAUGGUACGAAACUGCUCAAUGUUGCAGGCAUGACUCGCGGCAGACGAGAUGGAAUUUUGAAGAGUGAGAAAAUCCGCCACGUCGUAAAAAUUGGACCGAUGCACUUGAAGGGUGUUUGGAUUCCCUUUGAAAGAGCGUUGGACUUUGCCAAUAAGGAAAAAAUCACUGAGAUGCUGUAUCCUCUGUUCGUCCAUAACAUCGGUGCACUUCUAUAUCACCCGACGAAUCAAAACCGGACGAACCAGGUGAUGGCGGCAGCAGAGCGCCGUAAGCAGGAGCAGAACCAGAUGCGCAACGGUCCCGGCGGGCCGGCCCCUCCUGGUGGCGUCCUUCCUUCAAUACAGCAGCAUCACCACCAUAUGGGUUUGCCCGGGCCGCAAGCCCCGCUGUCGUCGCAUAACAAUGCCGGACGGCCAUCGCUUGAUCGAGCUCACACGUUCCCCACGCCCCCGACUAGUGCGUCGAGUGUGAUGGGAGGUAUGGGUGCUUCGGAGAACUUCCAGCAAUGGCCGCAGCAAGGGAUGAGCGGAGCACCGAACAAUAACCCUAUGUCCAUUGAUACAGGUCUGAGCAACCCACGCUCCAUGCCUGCAACGCCUGCGACAACCCCACCCGGCGCUUCGAUGCAGAGCAUGCAGCAAUCGUACCCUCAAAGCACACAAUCCUACGAUAGUUCUCGGGGUGUGUAUAACGGGCAGGCUACUCAACAAUCGUCGUACCCCGCUUCCAACAGCAGUCCCCAAGAUCGAAACUCGUACGGGCAAAGCAAUGCUUACAUGAGAGGCGAUAUGGCUCCUCCUUCUGGCAGACCAGCGGGUCCCGGCGAACAAGACGUUAAGCCACCAAACGGUAUGAUGCACCCGGGCCAGUCCGGCGAGCACGUCCCUCACUCGGCCGGUGACGACGAGGCGGAGCACGAAGCCGAAUACACACACGACAGCGGGGCUUACGAUGCUAACCGCUCAGCCUACUACAACGCACCGCCCCCGGCUCCUCUUUCGGGAGAGCAUGCUCAUCUGUCGCCCGAGAUGACGGGAUCACCAAGCCACCAAGCUGGAUCUGGAAGAGCUACUCCGAGAACAGCAGCUCCGCCGCAGCCCUAUUAUGCCCAGCAAGCAGGAUACAACACACCUCCUCGGGUCCCACCUCCGUCGAGCAAUCUUUAUAAUGUAAUGAGCAACGAUCGGAGCAGCAAUGGCGCACCGGGCGGAGAUGUGUACGGUUCGCAAAACGAGAUGGGACAGCCCAUGCAAAACGGCUACCAGCCCGUCAUGAACGGCGCGUCGGGAGCUAUGAAACGAGGACGCGAUGAUGAGGAUGAGUUGCCCCGCCCCUCAAGUGGCGGCUUCGACCUCAAGCGGAGAAAAACGAUGGGCAAUGGCCCCAUCCCUGCGCCAACAUAUGAUAUGAACCGUCCUCCGUCAGCGGUUUCAGCACGCCGAUGA